AUGAAUGGUGUAAACAAUAUAAAUUCUAUAGUGGAUAAAAUAGCAAAGAGCAUCCCGUUAGAUGAGUACGAUGUUGAGUACGGAGAAGGCAAUGAAAAAGGGGAAGGAUAUUUGGGCGAAAUGUCGUUUGUGAAAAUAACACCAAAGAAAAAUGAAAAAACCUACAACAUUGCAAUUAAACGGGCUUUUACCAAUAAAUCCGUCCGGGAAGAUGUUCCCAUCAGGCAGGUGUUUUUACAUGAAGUAUUUUUCUACAAGGAGUGCUGUCCUAUUUUGCAGCAAUUACAAAGUGAGCUGGAUUUACCAAAAUUCAAUAAUGUCCCUAAAUGUUUUUACACAAGUACAGAACCCGAAAACGAAUAUCUCGCAAUGGAAAAUUUAAAGACAUCAGGCUUCGAGCUCUUUCCCAAAGAAAAAAUUAUACCUUACGACCAUUUUGAAUUUAUUUUUAAAAUCUACGCCAAUCUACACGCAACAUCAUUUGUAUUAGGAAAAACCCAACCGGAAAAGUUCGAAAAAUUCGCUUUAAAUUGUAAAGACCUCUCCACACUAUUCUUCAGUAAUUCUGCUUUUAAUAAUGUGUGGAAUAAUAUGAUCGCACAUGCAAAGGAAAAAUUAUUACCUGGCCAGGACUAUAAUGCUAUAAAAGAUUUUGAAAAAAAGUUUUGUAACAAUGCACUUUCUGUUUUCAUGGAAUCUUGGAUAUAUAAUGGAGGUUCAAAGGACACUUUCGACAGACUGGACGAUCUUCUCCAAGUCUACUACAAAAGUUUCAGUGAUGUUUUGAAGAAGGCAGGCCUAAAUUCCGAAGAAGUCUACCCGUAUUCCUUGCUGAAAGAAGAAUGGAAAACAUAUUGCAUUUAUGGUUGGAUUAUGAGCUUAACGGUAAUUAGAAUCAAGUUAACAAAUCAAGAGGACAAAGUUGAUUUAAUUGAAAUGAGUAACAGUGAUGAUAAGGAAGAAAUGGCUAAGAAAAUGUUUGAAGGAAAACCGUGUGAAGAAUACGAUAGAAGAGUAAGGGAAUUGAUUCUUCAUGUACAUGAAAUUGGAGCAUUAUAA